ACACUACUACGUCAAAUGCCGCAACCAGGACGAGAAAUAUCAAGCAAUUUCAAACAUGUACGGUGUGAUUACCGUCGGACAAGCGAUCAUUUUCUGUCAUAUGAUGUAUAGGACAGUUGUAAACUCCAAGUAAACUUAUUUUCGGCAUUGUUAAUCGAUCGAAACAGGCACGCAAAACGGCCGGUUGGUUGACCGGCAGGAUGUCCCAGGAUGGUCAUUCGGUAGCGGUACUGUCCGGUGAUCUAACGGUGGAGCAACGGUUGGAACGAACGUUUUGUCCAGGGGUAUCGACGUCGAACAGGUUACCAUUGUCGUCAACUUCGACCUGCCGAUGGAUUAGCAGGGACGAGCCGAUUGCGAAACGUAUCUACAUCGAAUUAGACGCACCGGUAGAUUCAAACGGAAUCACCAUCAACCUAGUGGGUAGUGAUCGAAGCAUGAUGAUUUGCAGAUCAAUGGAAAAACACUUCCGGAAAAAGAUUCAGUUGCUAGACGCGGAGAACUCGGACGAAAUUUAAAAGAUCGCACCGUAAAAUGUUUUCGACCAGCUACUGGUGAAAGGCGUAGGAGCUUUUUUGGGUCA